UCGUCCCCAUUCCCUCGCAGUGACUGUGAUAGUGUGAGGUCCAGAGGCCGCUGUUUCUUAAACCCUUAAAAAAACUUGGCCCCCAUCUUUGGUCUCGGAUACUCGAGUCAGAACCCGCAUCAAACACCAUGAGUUCCUUCCCCAACACCGCCAACUUUGACAACCUUCUACUGCAAUCUUUGAUGGGCAGGCUUCAGCUACGCCCUUCAAACAAUCCCUUGCUCUCUCAAUCCUUUGAGGACCUUCUUUUUGACGCUACCAAUAACCUAUCCGAUGACGAUGAGAAUGACGAGAACAAAUCCCAGCUCGCCAAGGAAGAAUCCAAGCUCGAGAAGGAGAUCAUACGGGUGAUUCUCUCUGGGAAGACUGAUUCGCUCAAGCCCAACUCGGGCCAGGCCAUUACAAUCGGCGAGCACCACAUCUGCGUCGGGUUUCACGAGGAAAAGGGUUCGGAUUAUCGAGUGUGGGAGUGGCACGGCCACAUAAUGUUGUUCGAUGAAGAAAACGGCUACACGCCGGAGUAUAUAUAUGGGAAUUACUUCGAGAGGUUGCUGGCAAGAGCAGGGAGUGGUGUUGAGGAAGCAGACGACAAGGAGGAGAAGGAAGAGAAAGUGGGGAAUUUGGGGCUAAGGGAAUUAAUUGACGGCGGAGAUUCGAGCGGCGGUCGUAUUCUGCAUCGAAACAUGAACGUUGGUUCUCCAAGGCACCUCUUCCAUAUACUUAAACACGCAAAAUUCAUCUUACGAUAUCCAUCUCCUGCAGCCAAAACCCAGGAAGGUUAUAGAACAGAGAAAUAACGCUCUGUAGCUGGCUAUUUUAUCUGGGACUCUGGAACACCAAACAAGGGAUGUAUCAGUUUUUGGCUCCUUCACUCAAUAAUAGGAGGAGGAGGAGGAGGAUUCAGCGUUCCUCGACAUAUUUAACGGGGUAGAACAAAGUUACUGCAUUGCUGGUAUUCAGUCAUAAUAAUAUCGUACCAAAACAUGCAUAUAUCUUCCCGGAUUGGACAGGAGUUUAGGAAAGAGACAAAAUCACACAAUGUACCCGUUUCCCUAGAAAACCGGUUCAAGCUUGAGUCAAGAUUUUUUUCGUUUCCUUUGGAUCAAGAUCUCUCAAAGGAUUGAGAGCUUCUCUAACUGUCUGAGCUUCUGGGGACUUUCCUGACUCCAAAACAG